UAACCGGUUUGACUGGUUCGCCCCACCGGUCUGAUCGGUCGGCAUAGGAUUCCGUCGAAGUGAUCAUUUUGAUGAUCUUUCACACGUUCUAGUGCAUCCGAGUGUGUUUGGCGCAAUUCUAUCUCAACAGGACUAUUAUAAAGCAGCAUGGACUAAACACAGCCAACGAUCGACGACUGCAUGGAGUACCAACAUACCAAUGGAGAGAUUCCGAGGUAUCAUCAGUUCAUCACUCCACAGAACUUGUUGCUAGUCUGCUAGAUAGUGGUGGUCGAUGGCGGACGUAGCCGCAAACCAAGCGGACCAAGCUGCCGCUGCUGCUGCUCCCACCACGACGGCUUCCGCGGCACCAGACAUCAAUGCACGGCCGCCCGUGCUACAUCCCCAGCUGUUCGUGGCUGCUCGCCGCGGCGACAUCGAGGGGCUAAAGGAGCUGCUGCUGCUGCGGAACGAUGGCGACCAGCAAGGAGGCCCUGCCGCGGCCACAGCGACGACGACGGCGCAAGUCGUCCUGGAAGUUGAUCGCCCCCCCGCUGCAGCUCCGUUGCUGCAUCUUCUUGAUGGGGUGACCCGCAACGAAGGGGACUCCCUGCUCCACGUCGUUGCAGCCUGCGGCAACGGCGAAAACUUCCUCGACUGCGCCAAGAUGAUUUGCCAAGGCAGAAGCGGCUUCCUGGUCGCGCGCAACAACAGGGGCGACACGCCCUUGCACUGCGCCGCUAGCGCUGGGAACGAGGGCAUGAUCUCCUGCAUCAUGGCGCUCGCGGCGGCCGGCGACGAGACGACGGUCACGGAGUUCCUGAGGAUGCGGAAUAAGUGUGGGGAGACUGCCCUGCACCAGGCGGUGCGCGCUGGCAGCAAGGACUCCAUGGACAAGCUCAUGUCCGUGGAUCCAGAGCUGGCCGCUGUUCCAAGUGAGGCUGACGAGGGGAACACAACUUCGCCGUUGUACCUGGCCAUUUCAUUGGGGAAGGAGGAUAUUGCAGAGCAUCUAAUCCAGAAAAGCAACGGCAGGCUUUCCUGCUCCGGACCACACAGGCGAAACGUUUUGCAUGCAGCUGUAACUCGCAGAAAAGCGCUGCCAAUGCUUUUGGAAUUAUUCAAGGACGUGACGGUCCAAGUGCAACAAGGGGCUAGGUCAGUGAGCACUGUACCCCUUCUCUGGCAGCUGACUAUGCAACGUGACAUUGACGGGAGCACCCCUCUUCACUUGGCUGCAUCACUGGAUUGGUGGCCCGAAUCUUGGGUUGUCUCCGAAAGGUUCAAACACAUUUGGCCAUGGUCAAAAUCUACAGCCACACUGCUACUAGAUGCCAACAGUUGUUCGGCAUAUCAACCGGACAAUAAAGGGUUGUAUCCCAUACAUAUUGCUGCCUGGGCUGAUAACCUCGACGUCACCAAGGUCCUGCUUGAGAGGUGUCCGGACUGCGCCACUCUGCGAGAUGGCAAAGGAAGAACAUUCCUCCAUGUUGCUGCCGGGCGACGACGGGCUACGCAUCACAAAGUGGCUUACUAUGUGUGUCGACAGAUGGAGCAUCCAUUGGUUCUAAAUAUGCAGGACAACGACGGGGACACCGCGCUUCACCAUGCCAUCCAUGUGGGAAAUCUGGUAGUCUUUAACUGUCUGAUUCGGAAUACAAAGGUGGAUCUUAGUAUAGCAAAUAAGGAUGAGCUGACACCUCUCGAUCUUUCGUGGGCUAAGCUUCCUCGAAGUUUACAUUAUCGAUCGCAUCCAAGAGCUGUAAUAUCGAGGACAUUACUAGUGGUGGGAGCUCCAGCUGGGGGAAGUCGUUCUGACCUCUUCCGCGAGAAAUAUAUUGGCGAAAGAGAUGAGAAAAAAAAGUCAGAGGAUGUGGCAAAAACAACAGAGGCCAUGGGCAUUGUCUCUGUGCUUAUUGCGACUGUGACAUUUGCAUCAGCUUUCACAUUGCCUGGAGGUUACUAUCAAUCAGCAAGCGACGGUGGUGUGCCUGGGACGCCAAUUCUCGCUGGGAGCUAUGCGUUCAAUGCGUUUAUUGUCGCCGAUGCAUUGGCAUUCAUCUGUUCAUGUUUGGCUACCUUCAGUCUGGUCUUUGCCGGGGUGCCUGCCAUGGAGCUCUCUGCACGCCAUAGGCAUACCAACAUUUCUCUGCAGUUGCUGUAUGCUUCAGGAGGAAGCUUGAUGGCCUCUUUUGCCUUGGGGUUAUACCUGGUGCUGGCACCAACUGCUGCUCAUGCCACAGCAAUCACGGUCUGUGUGUUUAGUUCUGGAGCUUUGGUCUUCGGAAACAUGGAAGCUUGGCAGUUGCUGCGCGGGGUAAACACGGCCCGUGCCAGGUUAGGAAUACGAAGACUGCUUGCAACUUGGUGUGAUUUAGCCUCGGCCACCGGUGUUAGUUUGUUGUUUCCCUUCGCUUCGUUGAUAGUAAUAUUCGGUCUCCCAGCAAUAACCGGCACUCGGAACAAGCUCUCCAGUCUCUAUGCAGUAGGCGCGGUUAUUUUUGGUUUACAAAGCUUAGGCCUUCUCACGGGACCUCCACUUAUUCGAUUGAUGAUACAGAGAUGGAAAUAUUAUAAAACGAAUGGAGGUUUGGUAAAAUAUUUGGAAGACUUUCCUGACUUGUGUAAACUAUAGUCCCAGUUACUUUUAUUUCUGAUUUGGGAAGCUCACCGUUGUAUCUGAGAAGGAAGGAAUUUAAAAGAUCAAAUUUUGUGGAUUGAAGGGUAUAUAUUCACUCUGUUCGCUUGGC